AUGUUCGUCUGAUAGCUCACGGAUACGACGUGUGUCCAGAAAUAUUCCAUUUUAAUAUUUUAAAAUCCGCCAUUUUCUAUUUUCACAAAUAGUGAUGUGGUACAAUAUAGACUAUAAAUAAAACUUUAAACAAUAAUCGAUUAAAAUAAGAACGCGAAUUUAAAAAUAAAAUAUUUCGCGACAGUUCCAGAUUUAAUUUCUAGAAAAUAUUUAUGUAAAUUAGCGGUUGUUUUGAGUGUUGUUUUUUUAAUAAACAAGUGUGUCAAUCGUUGGACGUCGGAUUGAAUAAUUUGGUCCUAAUUAGGGGUCCAAUAUCACUGAUGCAGCGUCGAGGUUACUGUUUCGUGGAUUUCCAAACUGUGCUAACGUUGGUGUGAGGAUUCCUUUACUGCUUACCUACUAUUGGUCGGAAUUCCGUGAAGUUAUCACGAUGUUAUCGUUGGAAGAGCUAGCGGUCCGCCUGUUCGACGCCGGGGCGGUGCGGCUGGGGGACAUCGAGGCCAAGAUCGGCAGGCGCACGCCCAUCUACUUCGACCUACGAGUCGUCGUGUCCCAUCCGCAGAUUAUGCUUUCGGUGGCCCAACAUUUGGAGAAGCUCGCGAAGGAUAUAAAUCAUGAGCUGCUGUGUGGCGUGCCGUACGCCGCGCUCCCGCUCGCCGCCGUCAUGUCCGUCAACACAAACACGCCAAUGAUCAUGAAAAGGAAAGAAACAAAAAUGUACGCCACGAAACGAAUCCUGGAAGGAAUCUUCGAGAAAAACCAGAAAUGCCUAGUUGUAGAGGACGUAGUGACAUCUGGUGGCAGCCUUAUGGAAACUGUUAGCACAUUACGUUCCGAAGGCUUGCAAGUCACGCACGCCGUAGUAGUUCUCGACCGCGACCAAGGUGGCGCUAGUGUGUUGAAACAGAAUGGUAUUCAAGUAAAAUCAAUUUUCACUUUGACUGGUUUACUGAGAAUCUUGAAUGAAGCCGGUAAAAUAAGCGAUGAAACUGUUGAUAUUAUUCUAGACCAUAUUAAGGAAUGCCAGUUUAGCAACCUGGAUUUCAUGAAGGACAACUUAGAGAUUAUGUCGGUUUGAUAUUUUGACUUAGGAUUUUAAGAUAAAAGUUUGGUAAAUGAAAUAAUUCAACCACAUAUUCUAACUAGCAAUCUAGAAUACCAACCAGCACCGCUCAAGAAUAUUUUACCGACUACAAUGAUGACAAUUAUGUCUUUACAUAAUAAUUAAUACAUUAGAAUAGUAAAUAAGUAAGCAGGUACUAAGUAUUUGCCUAAAUAAUGUAUUUCUAUUUAAGUAAUGUAAGAAAAAGUAAUUACAGGUAUAAUAUCUUAAAAGACGAUUAUUUUUUAUUUACUGAUAAUUUUGUAAUGUAAGAAUAAUGUUUGUAAUAAUUAUUUAAUAAAAAAUAUUAAAUUAA